UUAGGAGGAAACUUCUAUCAGUUGAAAUCUUCUCAGAUCAACAAGAUAAUUAAUGUCAAGUACGGAAGCGACCCGUUGCUUUUGAUAAGGCAAUUGUCUAUGGAUUUGGCACAGAAGGAAACAGAAUUGAUUCUCUUACGAAAUGAAAAGUUCACCAGGGAACAGCAAUUGUAUAAGCUCUGCAAUGAAUACGGAAAUCUCUCCACACUUGAAAUCGACAAGAUGUUGAACGAAAUGUCAGAACGUAAUGACAAUACAGUUUCAGGUAAUGUGAAUGAUAUCUUGAAAGACUUGAUAGGAACGGCUAUCCAUGACGAUAUUCAGGAACCCAAAGAAUCUAAACAGACAGUAAAGAAAACAGUGCCGAACCGAGCGGUUUCUAACGGCAAUGAUUCUGGACUUGAGGGCCACCAAGUGUAUAGUGAAGCUAACCGUAAUCGUAAUCUCAGCGUUCCACAGAAGACUUCAACAAGACCUUAUUCCAAAUCGUUUCCACUUCGAUAUAUCAUUAAUGAGUCCACUGAGCAUGAGGAAGUAAACAAGACUCCUGUUCCUGUAGAAUUGGAGAGUAUGAAUAUGGGAAGCGUGGAUAGUAGCAAUGAUGCCUAUACUGAAGAAACUGGUCUCGAUAGCAGUAGAGAAGAUAUCAAUAUUGACAAAUACGGCUUUUUCCAUGAUGCCGACUUGAUAGUGAAGAGCAAGUCUCCACCGCCCACUACUCAGUCCAGAGCCAUAACUACAUCUUCAUUGGAUGAUUCACUGGCUAUUCUAAUUGGAAGCAAAGGAAUUCAUCAGACUAUCGACCAUCUUAAGGAGAUAUCCAAAAUUCAUGAUCACACCAACCAAUCUAUUGAGAACCAAUGGGAUACAUUGAUCAAAGAAAUUACAAAAGACUACUACAAAUACAUGACAAAGGAGCAUAAUGAGGCUCGCGAAAUAUUCGGAAUCCGAGCCCUCAACAUUCUCAAAUUAGAUAUCAAGAUGGGAAACAAUUUUCUAAAUGAAGCUGGUGUUGGUAAAAUUAAGAAUGCUUCUGUGAGACCGAGCAGUCCUCAUUAUGACCAUUUGCUUAGUCUCAUCAACAAAUUUGGGAUAUCAUCCAAAUAUAGAUACAAUCUCUGGCUAGAAUUAUCGGGAGCCAAGAAUCUCAUGAUCAAUGGAGAAUACGAGGAAUUGCUUAAUGAGGUUAAGCAAUAUGAACAAGAAGAAACCUCACAGGAGUCUGAAGAGUCGAACGACAGAAAGAAUAUUAUCCGUGCUAAUGUGAAACAGAUUAAACUCGAUCUUCAUCGUACUCUCCCCCACAACUACUAUUUCAAUAACUUGAUUGAAUUGAAACCAGGUCCGAACUUUUACAAAUUGCAGAGAAUAUUAUAUGCGUUUGUUGCAUAUAGACCUGAUGUCGGAUAUCUCCAGGGUAUGAACAAAAUUGUUGGUAACUUACUUCUCAUAUUAAGCAAAAGUACUCAUGCUGAACACGAAAACUUUGAGAAGUUCAGUGAAGUCGAUAUCUUCUGGAUUUUCAUAGGACUAGUAGAGGAAAUCCUCCCUAAGUAUAGAGGGCUUAACAAUACUCCUCAGGUAUUUUUCAACAGCUUAGAAAACGUAAGAAUCGAUCAAAUGGUCCUACAUCGAAUCUACUUGAAGAAGUUUCUCCCCGAACUAUGCCAGCAUCUCACGCAUCUCGAAGUUGAAAUAGAGUUGAUUACACUCAAUUGGUGGCUUACUCUUUUCAUUGAUUUAAAUUUCGUAAGUUUAGAUACUUGGUUCAAAUUGUUUGACAGCUUGCUCGUUGACGACAAACAUAUCAAAGAGUCCGCCGAAGGAGAAUCCAGCGAUACUCUGAACAUCACUUCUCCAAGCAACGCAAUUGUAGAUAAUGAUAUUUCAGAUCGAAGAGCAAUCAAGCUUAUCUCCAUAACUUUGGCUCUUUUGCAAGGUUUGGAGCAUUCGUUGAUGAACAUGAAAGAGAAAGAGUAUGUCUACGAGCUUCUCAAUUCUAAAAGUUCCAACUUCCAUGUU